AUGUUUAAAGAUGUCAUUUUGAGAUUACCGAGAGAUAAUCAUGCAAAACAACAAAUGAUUGAAUUUUGUCAACAUUAUUAUUGUGGAAAUGAAAAAGAAUUAAAAUUUAUUCAUGAAUUUGAAGAUGACUAUAAAUCGAAUAUGGCUAUUAGAUGUCUUGCUACUGAAUAUGAAAAAUUGCAAAAAACAGAUGAAAAAAUCAUUAUGCUUUAUCGUGGACGAAAAAUGGAAGAAGAAGAACAUAAAACUUUAAAACAAAAUGAAGGUCGUUUAAUUUCAACAAAUGGUUUCCUAUCAACAAGUCGUUCAAAAAAUGUCGCACUUAAUGUUUAUACAGGUGAAUUAGAAGUUUUAUUCGAUCUGGGAUCAAGAUUUGAAUUAGUUUUCGUUAAGGAAGAUGUAGAAUUACAUCUAUGGUCAAUUAAACUAAGAGCUAGUGAUAAAGAAUCAAAAGUUGCUAAAGAAUAUAUCGAACUAAAUAGAAAAGGAGAAGAAGAAUUUAGUAUUGAACUUAUAUUUGGCAAAUUACUAAUUGAUAUGGGACAAUAUGAUCAAUCAUUAAAAUAUUUUCAAAGUUUAUUAUUAAGUGAUCAUACAGCAAAGAAUGAUAUCGCAAAAACUAAUAAUCUAAUUGGAUCAACGUAUUAUAAUAAAGGUGAUUUUGAGAAGGCACUUGAAUACUAUGAACUAGUUUAUAAUUUAAUGAUGAAUAAUAAACCAAUGCGAAUAAAAGAUUCAGCGAAACCAUUGACAAAUAUAGGUAUUGUUUAUCAUCUACAAGGACAAUACGAUCGGGCACUUGAAUUAUAUACGAAGUCUAUAGAAAUAUUUGAAAAAUAUUAUAGAAAAGAACAUAUACAAGCAACAACAACACUUAUGAAUAUUGGCAGCAGUGGCACAUAUCCAAGAUUUUGGAGAUGCCACCAUGUCUCCCGCGGGAGAUGCCGCAUCUCGCGCGAGAGAUGUGGGUGUGGGUGUGGGGGAUGCGCAUCUCUAAAGGAGAUCUUACAUCUCCAGUGGUGAAUGACCACAUCUCUCGAGUGUGGGUGUCGCGUCUCCCGCUGGAAACGCGGCAUCUCCCACGGGAGAUGUAGUGGCAUCUCCAAAAUCUUGGAUAUGUGACACUACUCAAUAUUGGUAAUAUAUAUACAGAAACUGGAGAAUAUAAACAUGCAUUGCAAUAUUAUGAAAAUGUGCUAAAAAUGCAGCAACACUUUUUACCGUCGUAUCAUAUUGAUACUGCUAUGACAUUGAACAACAUUGCAGCCAUAUAUCACGAAUUGAAUGAUCUCGAUCGUGCAUUGAAAUAUUAUCAACAGUCAUUAAAUAUGAAAGAAAAAAUACUUCCAUCCGAUCACAAAGAUAUUACUGUGAUAAGAAAUAAUAUUGCAAAGAUAGAUGAAAGAAAACAUCAUUUUCAACUUGCAGCCAAUGUCACAUCUAUGUCAAAAUCCAGAUUUCAAAAUCAGCUUCACGAUCUAAACAACCGGAAAGAAAGACCUGAACGUCACUACCCAGCAAAACGCUGUCGUGCUAGCUGGAACCAGGUCUGCCAAAUCUCCUGAUUUAGCCAGGAGAAUCCUGGUUUUUAGACUUUUCUCCUGGUUAAAGAAUCUCCUCGAUCUAGGAACUGGUUUGGAUGUGGGUUUUGGUUACGGUGUAGAUGUAUUCUACUUUUAGUGACACCUACCCCAGAGAUGGGCAAGUCAAGUCAAAAAUGACUUAAGUCAAAGUCAAGUCAAGUCAUUUUUGACUUGCUUGACUUGACUUGAAAAAUUUUUUAAUGACUUGCGACUUGACUUUGACUUGACUUGAAAGGUUUUUUUAAUGACUUGCGGCUUGACGUGACUUGACUUUGUUUUUUCAGUUUUUGACUUGACUUGACUUGUGACUUGACAAAAAAAAUACAAGUCAAGUCAGAUAUUCUUUGCAACUUCAAUGCAUAUUAGAUUCUCGUCAGGUUAUAUUUGACCUGUGCGUACAAAAUAAGGUCCUAAACAGACUAGACGAAUAAACAAUGAAUUGAGGAUUCAUUGUUUAUUUGUCUAGUCUGUUUGAUCUCACAAAGGAAACUAUCUGACAUCGACACUUGCAAGUAUAUAAGCAAUUAUACGGCUGAGUGUGCAACAUACGUGACCUAUUGUGUUAAACUGAUUAGAUCAAUUACAACUUGUAUUACAACUGAAUUGAUUUAAUUUUUUUUUCAAUAAAUUAAUACAUAACUAAAUUAUGAAAUUUAAAAAAAAAUUCAAGUCAAUGACUUGAGAAUUGACUUGACUUGACUUGGUUAGAACACGGACUUGACUUAACUUGACUUGCAAUGGCGUAUCUCAAAUUGAUGACUUGACUUGACUUGACUUAAAGAUUUUUUUUUUGAGCAAUGACUUGACUUGACUUGACUUGACUCUCUUUGACAAAUGACUUGACUUGACUUGAGUGAAAAAAUAGCUGACUUGCCCAUCUCUGACCUACCCACACCCAAAAUGCGAAUUCCUAUUUUGCUAAAGAUAAAAAACUAUUUGUAUGAACGUGCGCUCAUAAAGAUCGAUGCUAAGAGUUAAGUAUUGUAUAUAAGUGUUUUGUUUGAGAGAAUAAAAGUUGCGAACUAAUAUCUGAGAAUAUUUUGGGAUAUAUUAUGAAAAAUUAUCUUAUCACAAUUCAGAGUGGUUCUAUAAAUGCUGAAUCCCAUAUCAUCAGAUGCCUAAUUAAAUUCUGAACAAAAUGGUGCAUGUAUUCACUUGAAUAGUUAAAAAGACUUAGGCUAAUUUGAGUCAGCCAAAAACAAUGACUCAUUUUUUUUCGAAACCAGCUUUUAUUUGGUGCAUCGACAUUUUUUCUUUCGAAAUUUUUCCCUCAAAUAUUUGCUCUAACACUUUGAAAAAGAUCAUCUAAAGAUGCGGAAUUUUGUGUAGAAUAUUAUAGUCUAUUUCAAAUUUCAGCAGAUUCGUUUCUAAAAAUUUUCUAUUAUUUUUCGCAUUUUUGACUUUUGUACUCAUACGAUUGAGAAGAUGUUGAUCUUGUUAACAUUACUGUGAUGCGAAAAAUCUAUUCGAAAACCAAAAAUUCAAAAUAAAUUAUUAAAUGUUUCGAAGCUAGGAAAUAAAAAUGAGCUAUUUAUUAUGGAAUAUCCGUUAUCUGCUUUUUUCAGAGAAAAAUUUUACAAUUUUUCAAAUGAAUCUUGAAUUGAAUUUUAUAAUGACGGAAAUUUUUCAUUUUAGCGGCAGAUUCUGCAUAUCAGAUAAGAAGAAAUCGAAUGGGUUUGACCAACAGUGAUUAAAUAGUAGUAAAACUGUUGUUGAACGAUGCACUAUAUUUAAUAAUUAUCAUUAUUUUCUUUUAACUUUUAUUUGAUUGAGCUUGCAUAAUUAAUUAAAUUUGUACAUAAAUCUGCCCAUCCAAAGAAUAAAAAAAACAAUCAAUCAAUCAAUCAAUCGAUCAAAUUGAGAUUUCUAACUUAAAAUCAAACUAUAUUUUUGAACCAUCUUGUCUGACGUUAAUAAUUGUAUAGAUGUCAUAUCUAAUGAUUUUAUAUUUGUUAUUUGUUCAUCAUCAACUUGUGUCAUAAUAAUGAGAUGGAAUAGAUAAUUGAGAAGAAAAAGAAAUUUCUUUUUUCAUAGAUAUUGAGUCGAUUAAUAGAUAAUAAUGAACUGCCUUCGCAAUGCUAUUUGAUGAAAAUAUAGGAAUUAAAAAAGCACCAUUCAUAUAGGAAUCUCCUCAAGUAUAUAGGACACUUAUUUUCACUACAAAAAGUUUUUAAAAGUUUGGAAAACGCUGCAAUAACAUUACAGAUUACUAACGGCUUCUUUCUGUAUGUAUCAGAUGAACUAAAUAAAAAGAUGUUCGAAUUGUAGAAAGCUUUGAAACAAUUGUUUUUAGAAGAAAAAAAAUAUGGUCGAUGUAUUUUAGAUUUAUUUUAAACUGUGAUAAACAUGUUUAAAUCAUACUCUAGCGGUACCAUUGCAUCAUCUUUACGAAAUUAUGAAUAUCUCUUAUUAGGAAGUACUAAAUCAUUUUAAAUUGUACCAAUAUUCCUCUGAGUCGAUUCUGAUACUUUUAAA